GAGAGACAGAGGGAGAGAGAGAGAGGGAGAGAGACAGAGAGAGAGACAGAGAGGGAGAGAGAGAGGAGCGUGAGUCCCCAUCCAUUAACUCGCCUCGCCGCGUGAGACGGCCCAGCGCGGAUGGCCGGCAGACGCAACAAUCAGCUGGCGCACAGCGUCCAGCAGUUGCAGAACCUGGUCAAGCGAGACCCGGAGUCCUACCGAGACGAGUUCCUGCAGCAGUAUCGUCACUAUGAGUCGAAGCUGGAGGUGUUUCAGCUCCACCCGGAGCAGCCCAACAAGGAACUGGGGGAGCUCAUCAUGUUUAUAGCACAGGUGGCUCACUGCUACAAGGAUCUCCUAGCGGAGUUCCCGCAGCACCUCGCUCAGCUCCUGCAGCAGCACCACUCGACCACCGACACGGAACUGCGCAUGUGCCUGUGCAGAGCGCUGAUCCUCAUGAGGCACAAGGAUCUGGUGCAGCCUCUGGGCCUGCUGGAGCUCUUCUUCACCCUGCUGCGUUGUCCAGACAAGCUGCUACGCAAGACGCUGUACCAGCACAUUGUGAGUGACAUCCGGGGCAUCAACGCCAAGCACAGGAACAAUCGUGUUAACACGGCUCUGCAGAACUUCCUGUACUCCAUGGUACGAGACAGCAACAGUACAGCAGCCAAGAUGGCGCUGGACGUGAUGGUCCAGAUGUACAAACGCAACGUGUGGAACGAUGCAAAGACGGUGAAUGUGAUCAGCACAGCCUGCUUCUCCAGCGUCACCAAGAUCACGGUGGCUGCCCUGACGUUCUUCCUGGGCCGGGACGAGGAGGAGGAGGGGGGCAGUGGCAGUGACGACUCAGGGGAUGAUUUGGAGCGAGUGUCUGCACGUGACCUCAUGCUGCGUUUCUCCACCGGCAAGAAGAGCAGCAAGAAACGUAAACGCCUCGACCACGCACUCCACUCCCUGCAGAAGAAGAAGAAGAAACAGCAGCGGGGAAAGUCAGCGGCUGCCUUCAACUUCUCGGCCAUUCACCUCCUGCACGACCCCCAGGGUCAGGGGGAGGGGGGAGGGGG